AUUGGCUGUUGGCAGCCCGGCCUCCCGGAAGUGCGGACAUUGCCCAGGGCGUCUUGGUGGUGGUGAGUGAGGUUUAGGGAGCUGGGGCUCGCGCAGCGGGUGUCUGCCAGCGGAGCUGUUCGGCGGCUUGACGUCCCCAGACGCUGUGCGUUGAGCCGGUGCACCCCAGGAAUUAGGUAGCCUGCUUGCCUUGCAUUUCUGCACCGCUCUCCGUCCGUGGACCUCGGUGUCCCCUCCUUGUUUCUCUCGCGGCUUUCCUCCCUUUGGACCGGCACGGUGGGUGCUCCUCCUCUGUGUGCCACUGGCCCCCUGCAGCUGCCCUGCUUUUGAUGUUGUCUUUGACUUGCUCUGUCCCCCUCGGUUCCGUCAAGAGAGUGUCGGAGCUCCAACCUGGGACAAUGGUGUGCAUUCCUUGCAUUGUCAUUCCAGUCCUGCUCUGGAUCUUCAAAAAGUUCCUGGAGCCAUACAUAUACCCUGUGGUCAGUCGCAUAUGGCCUAAAAAAGCCGUCCAGCAAUCCGGCGAUAAGAAUAUGAGCAAGGUAGACUGCAAGGGUGCAGGUACUAAUGGAUUACCCACAAAAGGACCAACAGAAGUCUCGGAUAAAAAGAAAGACUAGUGUGGGUCUCCUGAAGGCCCUUGGCUGUUUGCAAAUGGACCUAAUGAUAUGAAGCCUUCUUUGUCUCUGACCUUUUUUCUCUGAGACCAGGAAUCUAGAUAAUAGUUUAGCUUCUGCCUGAUACUGAUCCGGGAGCACAUGAUAUUUAUAUUUAAAAUUCCAGUAGUUAUAUUUAAUGAUCUCACCCCUGAGUUUCUUUUUCAUUAAAGUAGCUUUCAUUUCUAUUAUUCCAAUUUACUGAUAUGAACAAAUAGAAGGUCCGUGUGAGCAGACGCUCAGAACAGAGCCCUUGGCCCUUCGAGUUCUUUCUUACGAGUUUGCCGUUCUCACUUCUGUGGGCUCCUAUACCUUGAGUGGGAUGAGUCUUAGUGGGAAACAGUGCCGUCCGAGGUGGGAUGCGAUGAGAAGAUGUGAUCACUGCAGGCGCAGCGGCGAGUGGACAGCUGGCCGAGACCAGCUCCAAGGCAGCUGGAGAAGGAAGGACGGGAGCUUCCUUGAAAAAUGUAACCUGGACAUCGUUGUCAAUCCCACAACCCCUGACUCUCUGUGCUUCUAGUCCUGACGGUGUAUUAAACGUCCAUUUAACUUGUGG